CCUGUCUCUCUCUCUCUCUCUCUCUCCCUUCUCUUUCUCUUUUCUCCAAAGCAAACCCUUAAAUCCCAUCUGUCUCUUUCCCUCUCUCUCUCUCUCUCUCUUCUCUCUCUAACCCAUUUCCUCAAUUAAAACCAUCAGUUUUAAGAGACAAUACCAGAGAGUUAGAGAGAGAAAGCUCAGGUAUUUUGGCUAAUCCUGUAAUUUCGGUUUCGAUCUCGGGGCUAUUAUUGAUUUUUGCAAUUUUUCUUAUCGAUUUUUAAAUUAGUUUGUUUGUUUUUUUUACCUUUCGUUUUAUUCCUUUCUUUUUCACUGUCUUCUCUUUCAAUUCUCCUCAUUUUCAAUCUUUUUUUAUCUCCAGUUUUGUCUGGAAUUUAGGGUUUCGCUUUUGUGUUUAUCUUUUUGGAUUUAAUUUGUGAUCUUUAAUUUCAAUUUUGGUCAUUUGAUGGCCAACGAUUAUCAUCAGCAUAAAUUUGGGGCACAUGCACCUUCUCCGGAUUACUAUAAAUUGGCGAAGACAAGUGCUGUAGACGAUUUAGUUUUGAGGAGGAGAGACAAGAUGCGCAGGUGGCUUUGUUGUACCUGUCAAGUAGAGGAGUCGUACCCAUCACGUGAGAAUGAGCACCUAAGAAGCCCAAAGCACUAUCCAGAUGGAAAUCCUACGAAAGGCCCGAAGGUAGCAGCUCCAGUGAAAUCCGAAGUGCAGAAGGAAGCACCUCCAAUUGAAGUGCCUGCAUUGUCUUUGGAUGAACUGAAAGAGAAGACCGAGAAUUUUGGUUCAAAAGCAUUGAUUGGUGAAGGAUCCUAUGGAAGAGUCUAUUAUGCUAAUUUAGAGAAUGGAAAAGCUGUGGCGGUUAAAAAACUUGAUGUUGCAUCUGAGCAAGAGUCGAAUGUUGAGUUUCUGACUCAGGUUUCCAUGGUAUCAAGGUUGAAGCAUGAAAAUGUUGUAGAGUUGCUUGGUUACUGCGUUGAAGGAAAUCUUCGAGUGCUUGCAUAUGAGUUUGCAACAAUGGGAUCUCUUCAUGACAUAUUGCAUGGCAGAAAAGGAGUUCAAGGAGCACAACCAGGUCCCACACUUGACUGGAUGCAACGCGUUAGAAUUGCAGUUGAUGCAGCAAGGGGUUUGGAAUACUUGCAUGAGAAAGUGCAACCUGCCAUUAUACACAGAGAUAUCAGAUCAAGUAAUGUGCUUCUGUUUGAAGACUUCAAAGCCAAGGUUGCAGAUUUUAACCUUUCAAAUCAGGCUCCUGACAUGGCAGCUCGUCUUCAUUCUACUCGAGUUCUGGGAACCUUUGGUUAUCAUGCUCCAGAGUAUGCAAUGACUGGACAGCUGACCCAGAAGAGUGAUGUUUAUAGUUUUGGAGUGGUUCUUCUGGAACUUCUUACCGGGAGGAAACCUGUUGAUCACACUAUGCCACGUGGACAGCAGAGUCUUGUAACUUGGGCUACUCCAAGACUGAGUGAGGACAAAGUUAAACAAUGUGUAGAUCCAAAGUUGAAGGGAGAGUAUCCUCCUAAAGGAGUGGCCAAGUUGGCAGCUGUUGCUGCAUUAUGCGUGCAAUAUGAGGCUGAGUUCCGACCAAAUAUGAGCAUUGUUGUUAAGGCACUUCAACCACUUUUGAAGCCUCCGGCUCCGGCCCCAGUUGCUGCUGCUCCUCUAGAGACCUAAAACGAAGAAAGAAAGAAAGUUUUAUAACUUGUGCAGUUUGUUUAUUUUGCUUGCAGAAUUGUUGGAUUAACUCUACAUAUAUUUUUUGAUUGUUAGUAUAUGGGAUUGGAUGUGGAGGUUGGAA